ACCUAACUUAGCCGGGCUCUAUCGUGAUUUUCGUUUCAUUUUCACGACGCCAGGAGAACAACUUGUAUAUCAUCGAAUCUUUUCAUGAGUAGGCUAAACCUGGGGAAAAUGAAUUUUAUUUUUAUUUUGAUAUCAGCGAGUAUUUCCCUCGACAGUGGUGUUUUCGGUGUUGGAUCAGAUGAAGUGUCAGUGUCAGUGAUGAUGGGAGAUUCAGUCACUUUAUACACUGGUGUUAAAACAAACCAACAAGAGAAGAUUAAAUGGUAUUUUAAUGAUGUUCGCAUCGCUCAAAUCAAUGGAGAUCUCAGUUGUAUCUGUACAGAUGUUCAGUGUAAUAAAGGCACUGAGAGAUUCAGAGACAGACUGAAGCUGGAUCAUCAGACUGGAUCUCUGACCAUCAUGAACACCAGAAACACAGACUUUGGAGUUUAUAAACUAAAGAUUAUCAACAACAAUAACAAUGAUUGGACCUUUAAUGUUUCUGUCCAUGAUACAGUGAUGGAUAUAAUAAAGACAAAGUCAGUGAAGGAGGGAGAAUCUGUGACUUUUGAUAGUGAAAUAAGAAAACCAAAUGAUGUGAUGACGUGGUAUUUUAACGGCAUUCUCAUCACUGAAAUCACUGGAGAUCAGAGUAAGAUCUGUACAGAUGUUCAGUGUAAUGAGAGAUUCAGAGACAGACUGAAAGUGAAUCAGACUGGAUCUCUGACCAUCACACACACCAGAAACACAGACUCUGGAGAAUAUACACUACAGAUGAUCAGCAACAGAUGCAGAAUCACAAAGAGCUUUGAUGUUGAUUUUAUUGGUUCACAUGUAGAAACUCCAGUACUGAAUCAACCUUCAGGUGUUACAAUGAAAAUCUGUGUUUUUAUAUGCGUGUCGCUACUGGCCGUGGUUGUGGCUGCAGGGAUUUACUGUCUCAGGAAGUAUGAACGAAAAAGACUGAAGUUUGACAGAGAAUCUUGCAAUCUUAAAACUGAUACUGAAAUACAGAGAGAUGAUCAAGAACAUCUGGAGACAAAACCCGAGAUCCACAGACUCUGGAAAUCAUCAGAAGCAACAGAAAUGGAAUAAACCUAAUUGGAGUUAUUCAGUGUUUCUGUCUCUGGUGAG